AUGUUAAUACGCUGGAAUAGUACUUUCUUAUUACUUGAUCGAUUAAUAAAUCACAAAGAUGUUGUUAACAGUAUGUUUAAUUUUCCAAACAAUAUUCCAGGUUUAACAGAAAAACAAAGAAAACGACUUAAAGAAUUAGCUCUUAAUCAACAUGAAUGGGAAUUAUUAGAUAUUUUAAAAGAUAUUUUAAAUCCGUUUUUGCAUGCAACAGAAGCACUUUCUGGUCAAACAUAUCCUACCAUGGCAGUAUCUUUCUACAUUCAUCGUCUUCUAUCAUAUUAUCUUGAAUCAACUGCUGAUGAUGAACCAAUUACAAUUGCAUUAAAGCAAAUUCUUUGA